AUGGCUAAGAGAAAAACUAAAAGAAGAACUCAUAAGAAACUAAGCGAUGAAGAGGCUUCCAAAAUCCCCAAAUCAAUGGUUUUACACCUUGGUUCGUCCUUGAAAAAUCACUCGCUAUCUCAAUUGGUAAAGGAUUUCAGAAACAUUAUGCAACCACAUACGGCAAUAAACUUACGAGAACGGAAACUGAACAAGCUAAAGGAUUUUAUAGUGAUGUGUGGUCCUUUGAGUGUUUCUGAUUUAUUCAUAUUUAACCAGUCAUCAGCGGGAAACAUCACUUUACGUAUGGGUAAGUUACCACGAGGUCCAACUUUGCAAUUCAAGAUUAAUACUUAUUCACUCUGUAAGGAUGUUGCGCGGAUAUUGAAACACCCCAAGUCUGUAGGUAGGGAUAGCGCGGAAUUUCGUCAACCGCCUCUUUUGGUGUUGAAUGGGUUUACAAACCCCAGUGAGGCAAGUAUGCACGAGAAGUUAUUAAUUACCAUGUUUCAGAAUAUGUUUCCUCCAAUACAGCCACAAACUACCAAGGUUGAGAGCAUAAAGAGGGUUUUGUUAAUCAGUAAGAAUAGUAGUACUAAGGAGAUUCAAUUAAGACAUUACGUUAUUAAUACAAAGUUGGUUGAAGAAAAUAAGAGUAUCAAGAAAUUGAUUCAAUCGCACCAUAAUUUGAAAAAAAGGUUACCCAAAAUGACGAAUGCUCAGGAUGUGUCUGAUUUAAUAUUGGACCCAUAUGCUGUUGGUGGGUUAACUUCGGAUAGUGAGGUUGAAGAUGAUGCCAUUGUUGAGGUACAUCAUGAAGAGCCUGUAAAAAGACAACCACAACCCAGUGGCAGCAGCAGCACUGCUGCAACAACUGCUGCAACAACUACUGCCACAACUAGUGCAGCAGAAUAUAUUCCAUUGGAACAAGAGUCAAUCACGACGGCAAAGAAACGAGCUAUAAAAUUGAUUGAGAUUGGGCCAAGGAUAAAUAUGGAAUUGAUGAAAAUCGAAGAAGGAUUAGUAGGCUCAUCCAAAACCUUGUAUCAUUCCGAAAUAACCAAGAGUCAAAAGGAUGUGGACGAAUUAAACGCAAAACACAAAUUAAGGGAGAAGUUGAAAUUGGAAAGAAGAAGUAAACAACAAGCCGCAGUACAGGCAAAAUUAGAUAAGAAGAAGGCAAAAAGGAAUAAAAAAACUGACCAAGGCCAAAGCGAUGAUGAUAAUGAGGUGGAGGCGGAGGACGAUGAGGAUGAGGAGGCGGAGGACGAUGAGGAUAUGCCUGAGUUGAGAGCUGAGGAUUAUGAAAACGAUAGUGACUUGUAUAGUGAUGUUGAAGUAUAA